GAAGCAAUCGCGAUAAACAUGGCAAUGGUCUCCAAUGGUGAUAUGAUAUGUAGCUGCAGCAGAUUAUAGCCUGCAUCAUGGAAGAAAAACAAAUGUAGCCACUGGUUGCAAAAACGAUGCUAGUUUUGCGUGCACGCGUAUCAUUGAAUGAAGCCUGUCUACAGUAUGAAUUUGAUAUUUACAGUGGAGGCAAUUUAGCUGUCUGUCAAUUGGGCUGCUAGCUAGUGAAGGGCCAUGUUAGCUCGAUGCUUAAUGCUAACUCGUUUAUUGUAUAGUUAAGGUUGGGAAUCAGGCUAGUUGACGCUACCAAUUUCACACAUCCAAAAUAAUAGUGGAACAUCUGCGUGUUAUCAAUGCCUUUCUGAAGAAAGAAGAAAUAGCUAGCUAAGCCAGCUAGCAUCUGAGAAGGUAUUGGAUUCAUAUUUCACCCAAUUUCCUCCAUUUGAAGAAAAGCAAACUGGCUGAGAUGGAUGAACAAAGUGUUGAGAGUAUUGCGGAGGUGUUCCGCUGUUUCAUCUGUAUGGAAAAGCUGAGGGAUGCUCGGCUCUGCCCCCACUGUUCCAAACUCUGCUGCUUCAGCUGCAUACGGCGCUGGUUGACUGAGCAGAGAGCCCAAUGCCCACACUGUCGGGCACCACUGCAGCUGCGGGAGUUGGUGAACUGCCGCUGGGCUGAAGAGGUUACCCAGCAGCUGGACACCCUGCAGCUCUGCAAUCUCUCCAAACACGAGGAGAACGACAAGGACAAGUGUGAGAAUCACCAUGAGAAACUCAGUGUGUUCUGCUGGACCUGUAAGAAGUGCAUCUGCCACCAAUGUGCUCUGUGGGGAGGCAUGCAUGGCGGCCACACCUUCAAGCCUCUGGCUGAGAUCUACGAACAGCACGUGUCCAAGGUGAACGAGGAGGUGGCCAAGCUCCGCCGCCGCCUCAUGGAGCUCAUCAGCUUGGUGCAGGAGGUGGAGAGGAACGUGGAAGCAGUGCGAGGGGCCAAAGACGAGCGAGUGCGAGAGAUUCGUAAUGCAGUAGAGAUGAUGAUUGCCCGUCUCGACAACCAGCUCAAAAACAAACUCAUCACCCUCAUGGGUCAGAAGACCUCUCUCACCCAAGAGACUGAGCUACUGGAGUCUCUCCUGCAGGAGGUAGAACAUCAGCUGCGCUCCUGCAGUAAGAGCGAGUUGAUCUCCAAGAGCCCAGAGAUCCUGCUGAUGUUCCAGCAGGUUCACCGCAAGCCCAUGCAGUCCUUUGUCACCACUCCAGUCCCCCCCGACUUCACCAGUGAGCUGGUUCCUGCCUAUGACUCAAGCACUUUUGUUCUGGCCAACUUCAGCACCCUGAGACAGAGGGCAGAUCCCGUCUAUAGCCCCCCACUCCAGAUAUCUGGCAUCUGCUGGAGACUCAAGGUUUAUCCAGAUGGCAACGGUGUCGUGCGCGGCAACUAUCUGUCCGUUUUCUUGGAACUAUCUGCAGGACUCCCUGAAACGUCAAAAUAUGAGUACCGUGUGGAGAUGGUCCAUCAGGCCUCCAGCGACCCCACUAAGAACAUCAUCAGGGAGUUUGCAUCAGACUUUGAGGUGGGGGAGUGCUGGGGAUACAAUCGCUUCUUCAGACUGGACCUGUUGGCCAGCGAGGGCUACCUCAACAUGCAGACUGACACCCUGGUCCUCAGGUAUCAGGUGCGUUCGCCCACCUUCUUCCAGAAGUGCAGAGACCAGUACUGGUACAUCAGCCAGCUGGAGUCAGCCCAGUCCAGCUACAUCCAGCAAAUCAACAACCUCAAAGAGAGGCUGGCCAUUGAGCUGUUCCGUAGGCAAAAGUCUCGCAGCUCGUCCCCUCCUGACCGGCGCCUGGGCACCUCGACCUCGGAGAGAGACUCCCGCUCAGGGAAAGUUCCUGUGGCUGAGGAUGGCUGCCAGACCACUGCCACGGAGACCAAAGUGGAAGAGGAGGAUGAGGAGGAGAAGACCCAGCACGAUGACUCCAAUGAGCUGUCUGAUGGGGACUUGGAAGUGGACUGUCUGACAGGGGACGAGGAGGUGAACCCUCUGGACGGUAGCAGCACCUCGGGCAGCUCCACGGCAACGAGCAACACAGAGGAGAACGACAUCGACGAGGAGACCAUGUCUGGGGAGAAUGAUGUGGAGUUCAGUGGGAACCUGGAGAUGGAGGAGGGAGAACUGCCUGACGAUGUGGCAGGGGCAGCAGGAGGCUCUAACCAUGGGGCCAGGUGUCUGAGGCGUGGUGGAGGUCUCUCCUCCGCUGGCAGCAACAACAGUCUGCUGGAGAUUGACCCAGUCAUCCUCAUCCAGCUACUGGACCUGAAGGAACACAGCAACGUGGAGUCACUAUGGGGCCUUCAGCCCAGACCCCCUGCUUCCUUGUUGCACAGCCAAGUCCAAAUACACUCCAGAAAGGAGCGGAGCGAGCGCCGGCCUCAGGCAGUGAGGAGGGGAGCCCCAGACUCAGGGGUCCUGAUCCGGCUCAAGGCCCAGAUGGCUGAGGUACGCAGUAAGAUGACGGAUGUCAAGUUUCAGCUGGAGGCGCGGGGGGAGGCCAGGGUAGGACCCUCUGGCAGAGCCACAGGGGAACAGGGGCCCUCUUACCACGCAGACUCAGACCUAGGGCCCAGCAGAAAGUCCACAGAGCUGGAUCUGAUGGGGAAAGGACCUGGGGCCUCCAGACACUGUCGCUCUGGAGGGAAGAAGGCCUUGUCUCCCAAGCAGGAGGGCAGCAGGCUGGGCCUGAGAAGAGCUACAGACGGAGUGGAGAAGGAGUCAAGAGGCCAGAGCGGUGAAGAGUUGUCCAGUGAUCAAAGCCUCUUCCCCAGGGACACCCCCAAUGGAUCAGAAGGAGCCCUGAAGCCACACAGCGUGCACAGCUCCCCUCCUUCUCUGGGCAGCUCAUCGUCAUGCUACGACAGCAAGCCCUGCAUUUCCAAACACGACCAGGAGCAGCUCUACGGGGCCGACCUGUACGCUCUGGGGGGCCUCAACGGCAUCUCCACCUCCACCAUAGCACGACCCAGGACCCAGCCCAUGGGGUCCGGCCUGCUGAUGGACAGCUCUCUGGACUGUGACUUGGAGGAGACGGCUGAGGUCCGUCAUUCACUGCUCUCCCUGGCAGAGGGACCCUCUUCACGCCCUGAUGAAAGUGAGCCGUACUGCUCUAACCCCCCUCUUCCUUCACCUCUACCUCGAACCUCCUCUAUGGAGGAAUGCUAUUGUGACGGCAGUCAUCUUGUCCAUAAACAGACGGUGGUGCUGCUGCCAGGUAUGAGCAGUGACAGUGAGAUCGACUGUGACACGGAGAACGAAGAUGAGGUGGUGGCCCUGGAGGCUGGAGACUGUCGCUAUGAUGCCCAGUCACUGCCCUGUGCAGGGGCCCAGUUGAACUCUGACGACCUGUGCUUCACCACAGGAGAGAACACCGAGAGGUGAUUCCCCUCCAACAUGGCCUCCACAGCCGGUCUAAACAGUGGCCAUCGCCAUAUGGGCAUGGAGAGCAGUGUAUAUAACUUUAAUGUACACAAGCACUUGUGUAGACACUUGCAUGCAGUCAUUCUAGUCACAGGCAACCCCAAAUGCAAUGAGAAUGCUACAACUCAGUAAGUGAGCACCUUGAUGAUGACUGCAAAAUAUGUAAAUAUAUUUGAUAACUUUUAUUAAUCUCCAUUUAUAUUUAAAUGUAAAUUGGAUUAAAUAUGAGUUAGAAUGGGGCGAGGAACAAUAUAUUUGCGAGAGACAUUCUUUAGGCUGUUGUUGUGAAAAGUAAAAUAGUAACAUGUUAUCAUAUGUAACUAACCUCAUGGUUGAUGUUUGCAACGUCUAAAUACUCCGAUUGGGCUUUGGUCUGGACAUCGAUUGGGCUUUGGUCUGGACAUCGAUUCUGCUUUGGUCUGGACAUCGUGAGCUCUGGUGAAUUUAGAGAGUUAAGCACAGUACACCUGCUUCACAACAGAAAGAGAACCUUAAAAUCUCUCUGCCUUUCUGAUUCAAUGAGGUGCUAUUGAUGUGUUUGUGUGGAGGAGCACAGUCAGGCAGGCAUCACACAGUGCUGUAAUGAACACCCCAUUCUUGAAAACAGUCUGAACGAACGCCUUGAAGUUGGACGCAUUUAGUACCUUUAUUCCUGUUUCACCAUUGAUUUAAAACUUGUUAGGAAGUCCCUUUCUGUGCAAAUCUUAUCAUUGCAAACUACUGUAUUUCGUCUGCUACUCCCGGUAGAUUGGAGUUGCUUGCCCCCCAGUAAAUCUUUCAGAACAAGAACCAGUUUUUCUGCUGUGUAGACACAUUGAAGGAUGUAUCAAUGGUACGUCCUUCUCUGGCAUGUGUAGGAGAUUGCUACCUUCUGAAUGUGUAUUGAGUAGUUUCUUAGUAGAAAAUUAGGCAUGACUCUUGUUCACCGUAGCGGAUUUUGCCUGACUUGAUGAUUCACACUGAACUUUCUUGGUUGACAGUCUGGGCUUCAAGUGCUUUUUAACCUUAUCUCGUAAUUAAACAUCAAAGCUGAUGUACCUUAUCCGUACAUACAGGGUUCUUUCUUUCACCAGUAAGUGUUUUCUGCAGCCCUUGUCAAGUCAAGAUGAGCUCUGUAGCAUAGGCAUGUAUGUAGGUGGUGGUUUUGAGUUUUCUGCGCUGCUAUCUCAACUCUUUUUCUGUAUUGUGUGCGCAACUUCUGCUCGUCUUUGAAAAAAUGGGUCCAUGCAAAUUCACACAUUUUGACUUCUAUGAAGCAGAUAUAAUUUUGUUUUUCAACUUGGUGGAUUCCUUUCUCUUUUCAAAAAAUGGAUCCAAAUGUCACAUUCCGUCGUCUUGAUUCUAGAUUAUUUUAUUUUGCUUGUGUUCUGGGCAAAAUUUGACCAAGGCAAUAUUUGGAAAGUCAUUUGUUUGACAGAGACAUGUGUAAAUAAGUGUUUGUUUUGUAGAAAGGCAUCCCAACAGUGAUGUGAAGUGUUCUGUUCUUUAAAGCAUGUCAUUGGAGGAAUUUUCUUUCAAUAUCCUUUUUUGCCCAUCAGAGGGUGCCAUCUCUUCCUUGUAGUUGAGCUUUGCUGUGUGACCGUGGACCAUUUUAUUUACACAGUAACAUUUUAUUAUUUUCAACCCUUGAAAAGCAAUCUGACGACCACACUAGCAUCCACAUGGACAUCAUAGCAGAAACUGUACUCUUUGUACCAUGGAGAACAAUGAACACUGGCAAAGACUUUCUCCAUUAAAAUGUACACUGAAGAGGUGACCCAACUGAAUUUGUAAAAAUGUCUAUCUCUUGAAAGGGAGAUGUGUAAGAUGUCUCAAAGUAUACUGGUGUGCAUUGACUAAUAAGGAAAUAUGAUCUAAAUGCCUGAAUGAAGAGCUCAGUGGUUUACACUAUAAAUAUCUUCCUUCAGCUGUAGGAUGCCUGAUGUUUACCCCCAGCUGCACAGCCUCCUAAUGUUCCAUCAUGUGUGCCUCAAACUGCAUGGCUUCAAUGGAGUUGAACAGGCAGACAGAGGGUGGACAAUAUGCUUUAAACCUCUUAUUGUGCCCUUGUAUAUACAGCUCCAGAUUAAUCCUGAUAUGGUCUAAUUGUAUCUAUUUCACUGUCAGUUCACUAUGCACAUUUCUGUUUGUGCCCAGGUUUUAGCUGUGUGUGUGUGUGUCUGAGUGGGAAAGGGCUGACUUAGGAAAGGUACUAGAAAGAGGGUGAUUAGAUGGUUUCAAGUGUUCAUGCUUUCCUUUGUGUCUACCAUGAGUGUUUUAUUUUAUAUUGUCCCAGAAUGCAGUGGGAUUUUUAUUUGUUGGGUAUGUGUCAUUUUUUGUUGUAACUAAUAGAAUAUGACAUUUAACAAAUAAAAUAUUUUAUGGUUUCUUGAAACUGAAUGUGUGUUACCUAAAUAUGGAAAUACUGAUGAAAUGGCUGAAUUUAUGUUACAAUGAAAAUCCUGCUUUUGUUUUAUCCAACAUCAACUGUAUGAGAGCUCCAUUGCAGAUGAGGGGUAACUCCCACUGUUGUGGUUGCCUCCACGUCUCUUGAGGUCUGCAUUGUAUAGGAGGGUGGGUGGUAGGGGCUUAGUGUGCCAGGUUGGCGUGGUUAGAGAUUAAGCUCAACAGAGAUUACUUGAGUGAAAGUUGGCACCUGCCAUGUCCUGCUUGCAUCCGGCCAGCACCAACUCUUCCCUCUUUCAGAAGGCCACCAUGCCAAGAAGCGGGGCUUGAUUUAGGAGGAUUGGAGAGGACAUGCUGCACAUUAGUCCGCAGUGCAGAAAGCCCCGUAGGAAUUGACAUGACUCAAGUUACUGUUAUCCUACUACAGGUAAAUAGUCUGUUUAGCAGGUUUCCCUCAUCCCAUUUCUAACCACCCCAUAAUGUUGUAUAUGUAUUCACAUUACCAACAUAUGUAAUGUGUAACGAAGCUACUUCAAAGUGCCAUAACUAGUGCUCCACUUCAUACCAAUGUUUUCUUGGGUAAUUGCUCCUCAUGAAUAAGUUGUUUUGAACUGCUGAUGGAUUUGAACAGCUUUCUAGGUCUAAGCCAUUUUGGUUAGUGUGUUGUCAAUAAGGCCAUAAUGUACAGGUCAUAAUGUACCCUGUAAAGUCUCCUCCCAUCAUGUUAUGAUAGUUUUUAAUAUCUGUUAAGUUUAUGUUCAGGAAGUGCCUCAGCUCUUCCACCGAAAAUGUCCAUAUUGUAAUCCCCCUUGUCCUUAGCCCUGAUUUCACUCAAACUAGAACAGCAGAUCAAAUACAUCCAGAUUAAGGCCUUGAUUCGAUCAGAUCAAGUGUUAACCGGCAAAAGCUGACACAUGCAUAGCUUUGUUUUGGCGGUGUUGGAGUAACCGCGAUAGAGCUGUCAAACCGGUUAGCAGCUGCUCUUGUGAUCAUUGUCACGAUGUCACACCCACCCAUUUACAUUAGAACAGGGGUGUCAAACCCACUCCAUGGAGGGCCUAGUGUCUGUCUAGACAACUGUGAGGGGAGUUCUUUACUAAUUAGUAACCUUAAUUCAUCAAGUAUAAGGGAGGAGUGAACCUGCAGACACUCGAACCGCCCUGUGAGACACGUGUGUUAGAAGAUCAGAACAAAGUUUAGACUAUAUAGAAAUGACGCUCAAAUUGAAAAUAAUGACGAUUUCUAUCAGCCUAAUCAAGAUAUCAAUUACAUCUCACAUUUUAGUGUUCAAACUUGUAAACAAUGUUGCAUGUGAUUUAUCUUAAUGCAACUCCGUGCUGCCAAUGGCAAUGUCCGCUUUAGGUAUAAUGCUGGGAGCUGCUUGUGGAUUUGACAACUCUAACACAGUUCCACCUCCGACACUAUCAAAACAACCACUAUGCGGGUGUCAGCUAGGGCGGAUCUGAUAGAAUCUAGCCAUAAGUGUUGAGCUGAUUUAGUUUUUAUAGCAACAGGAGUCUGUUAACUUCUAAGCAAAGCAGCUAUGACAGUGUUUUGUGUAAUGCCAGACUCCAUUAGAGUAGUCCCUAUUUCAGCCUUCAAUUAAUGUCCCUCUCACAACACUACAUCUGGUGGAUAUUAACGCUCACUCAUCUGUUAUGUCAGACGCUAAACUGCUCCAGAUAUGGUCACGGUCAUAGUAAUUACGUUUUGUGUGCGUGUCUUCAAGCUGGGAUUUACUCUCCUCAUUAUUUGUAUGUGUGCCUUAAACCUUGCAAGAAAGGCCAUGAGCAAAAGCUCAGCUGUGGUGCUGCUACAUAAUGUGAAAUGUUUGAAUCAGCAGGUAUAUCCCUGUAUUUCCAUCAGUAAAUAGUAUACCAUGUGCUAUGUGGAGCACAAACGUUGUACUUAGUAAGUCUGAAAAGCUGUUUCCGAAAUUCAGUUGUAAUUUGUGAAGUGUUCUUGAUGUAGAAUGCUUUAAAAAAAAAAAAAAAAAAAAA